UGUUGAUUUAUGGCAGAGCUAAUGAAUAUAAGAGGAACCCUGAAAAGCUGGAAAAUAUAUUUGCGUCAUGGAAAAAGCACUGUUCAAAAUGAAAGUAAAGAUAAAUGGCUGAAUUGAUUGAUCCUGCCGUAAAAGGGACUCUGAAUGUACUUAAAUCAUGUGCAAAAGAGUGAUUUUGACCUCCUCUUUUGCUUCAGUUGGCUUCAAUGGAAAGCCUCUUACUCCUGACGUGGUGGUUGAUGAGACUUGGUGGACUCUUCCAGAUUUCUGCAAAGAAACCAAGUCAUGGUACAUUCUUGCGAAGACAUUGGCUGAGGAUGAAGCCUGGAAGUUUGUAAAAGAGAAUGACAUAGACAUGGUUGCAAUAAACCCAGCCAUGGUGAUCGGACCUCUGUUACAGCCAACACUUAACACCAGUGGUGCUGUAAUAUUGAACCUAAUAAAUGGUGCAGAAACAUUUCCAAAUUCAACAUUUCCCUGGGUUGAUGUGAAAGAUGUUGCUAAUGCACAUAUACUAGCUUUUGAAAAUCCAUUGGCUAGUGGAAGAUACUGCCUGGUUGAACAAGUGGCACACUACUCCAAAGUUAUGAAGAUCUUGCAUGAACUUUAUCCUUCCUUAAAGCUUCCAGUAAAGUGUGCCGAUGACAAGCCAUUUGUGCCAGAGUAUCAGGUCUCCAAGGAAAAGGCAAAGAGCUUAGGAAUUGAAUUCACUCCCUUUGAACAAAGCAUCAAGGAAACAGUUGAAAGCUUGAAGGAGAAGAAAUUGUUGGUCGCUUCAGUUGCAUUGUGAAUGUACCAAAGUUGAUGAGGAACACUUCAAAUUAUUUCAUUCCCUAAUGAAAAUAUGUUGCAGAUUCUUUUAUGUGCCAUGACUCUCUGACUGGCCUUGUAUGCAUAUGCAGGGAUUUAGAAGAAUCUGUGUGUAUGCAAUAAUGGAGAGUACUCUACUUUUUGGUAUCUUAAAAAUUUGAACUGAAGUUAACAAUUGGUACUACAUUAUAUUUGCUGCUGCCAAUUAAAGCUGAAGCAUGUUUAUGAGUUUGCUUGCGUGCUACAGCUGCAGUUUGACAGGAUUUAUCAAAUAAAGGAGCAGCAUUAAUUGUACUAUUUGGAGUAAUAAAUAAUAUGUCAUUGCACUAAA